AUGUCUAAGCCAUUUGACCCAGAGACGGCGGAGAACUUGGAGGAUAUGGAGAAGCAGUUUGCGGUGAAGGCCGUGGAACAUUUGAUGACAUACUGGUCGAUUCUUGAGAAGGUUCGGGGCUCUCAGCUCCGGUUGACGAAGAUGGACGAUGAGAUCUACGAGAGCUUCAAGAAAGAGUUUCCCGACUUUGACCCGACAGAGACGAUAGAUGAGGAUGCAAUGAAGAGCAAGGAAGGAAAGGAGAAGUGGAGAAACUGGAUCAAUCAGUUUGAGGGCAAGAUCAAUGAUUUCAACUUCGGGACAAUGCUCCGAUCGAAUGCCAAGUUUGAAUAUGACCAAGAGACGACGAUUUUCGCAAUGCGAAUGCAGUUCUAUGCCAUUGAAAUUGCCAGUAUAAUUUCAUUUCUGUCUUCCAAGAUUGAGGCCCUUAUAGAGAAACAGCAAACAGAUCUAACAGCGGCAUCUAAGGUAGUCAGCAGUGCUAUCAAUGCAAUUGACACUGUGAAGUGUCUUAAUGGGCAGAAAUUUGAACACCAAAACUUCGUACGACAAAUUGAUAGAGCGGCGUCAGAGUAUCUCACAUUAGCACACCUUAAUGCUCUCCAGAUUGCAGCAAUACGAUUGAUGACGUUCGGCAUGUUUGUUCAGGGGUUCUGCUACGGGAGCUCUCUCGCAAUUUCUAAGGGACUCUCGGCUGGCGAUGUUUUGAGGACAUUCUGGGCAUGUCUGGCGGCAGCUCAGUCCAUAGAAUUGUCUUUGCCACAGGUUAUUGUAUUAGAGAAAGGGAAAGUCGCGGCUGUCGCUUUGAAGAAGGUUUUAGAGACGAAGGUGGAGGAUACAGAGGAAAUGAAAGGGACUUUGUAUCCACACUAUUGCGAAGGGGAUAUCGAAGUGAACAAUCUAAGUUUCUUUUAUCCAUUGCGCCCCGAUAGGCCCAGUUUGGAGUCAGCUAGCCUUUUCUUCCCCGCAGGAAACACAACAUUUGUUAUUGGGCAAAGUGGCUCCGGCAAAAGCACUCUUGGGCAGCUUCUUGCGCGAUUCUACCUGCCAACAUCCGGCGACAUUUUUGUUGGUGGCGUACCAAUACGGGCUUUGGACAUCAACUGGAUCAGAAACAACGUUACACUUGUUGAGCAACGGAGCGUCUUGUUCAACGAAUCCAUCUUUAUGAACAUCGCGCUUGGACGUCGAGACUACAACCAGAUCAAAAAAGCUGAUAUUCAAGAAUGCAUUGAUCUAUCAGCCCUACAAAACGUGACUGACAACAUGACGAAUGGUAUCAAUACCUGUGUUGGUUAUGGAGGAAACCUUUUAAGUGGUGGGGAGAGGCAAAGAGUGGCUAUUGCUAGAGCUAGGUUGCGCGAUACUCCCGUUUUAAUUUUGGACGAACCCACAAGUGCUCUGGAUAGCACGAAUUGUGUUGAGGUGAUUCGAUCGAUCCGAAAGUGGCGUGAGGGGAAGACAACUAUUAUCAUCACUCACGACCUCACACAGAUCCUGGACCAGGAUUUCGUCUAUAUUCUUGAACAAGGUUCGGUUGCCCAGGCUGGAUACAGAUAUGAGCUGAGAAAAAUCCCGGGAAACGAGAGGCUUUUCCCUCCGAAUAACCAAGACUCCACGCUUGUAAAAGCCUCCCGUCCUCAAGUGAAUAAGAUCUCCGGUAUUGCUUUGGGUGACGGAAUAGUCUCGUAUUCCAUGUGCUAUCUCUUGGAGCUCUGUGGUCAAGUCUGGGUUGAUGGUCUUCGGAAGAGAGCCUUUCAGCUUGUGCUUGAUCAACCGAAGACAUGGUUUGAAGAAGAAUGGCAUAGUCCUGCGCACAUAACGUCGUGUAUCGUACACGAUGGGGAGGAGAUGCGAAACAUUGUUAGCCGAUUUGCUGGGUUCGUUUUGGUUGCCAUCGCGAUCAGCCUGAUAGCGACCACAUGGAGCAUGGCUGUUUGCUGGAGGCUGACAGUGGUCGCGUUAGCCUGUGGGCCUAUUGUAUACGCGAUCACAAGAGGAUUCGAGGGCACUAGUGGGUUGUGGGAAAAGAGAUGCAAUGAGGCGAAUAGUAUCGCGUCAGAGGCAUUGUUCGAGACAUUCUCAGAGAUACGGACCGUGAGGUCCCUGACUCUUGAGUCGUUCUUUCAUAAGAAAUACUUGUUUGCAGCAUCAAAGUGCGUGACGGUUGGACUACGAAAGGCAGUUUACACUGGCUUUGUCUUUGGUUUGGUCGAGACAACUAUUAUAUUCGUCAGCGCCCUAAUCUUCUACUAUGGCGCCGUCUUGGUCGCUUCUGCCGGUGUCACAGUUAGCAGCAUCCUGACUGUGUUCUCAAUGCUUCUGUUUAGCAUUGGGUAUGCGAGCACAUCCCCCAAAUUAGCACUUCAAAAGAGGUGGGAGCAACCGACCCUAUUCUCGGGAACCAUUGAAGCCAAUAUCAGGUACGGGUUGGAAAGAGAGUCACCUCGUGGAGCACUGCGUAACGUACGUGCUGCAGCUGAAGCUGCCGGCAUCGAUGAUUUUGUUACAUCGCUUUCGAAGGGGUAUUUUACCGUCAUAGGGGAUGGGGGAAUCGGUCUGUCCGGAGGUCAGGCACAGCGAUUGGUCAUUGCACGGGCACUCAUUCGACAGCCACAGAUGCUCAUCCUUGACGAGGCCACAUCUAGUCUGGAUCCGACCAGCGCAAAGGUUAUCCGCCAAACAGUGCAGAAGUUGGUCUCAGCCCAGCUAGGGUUAACGGUGAUCAUCAUUACUCAUGCAAGGGAGAUGAUGGAGAUUGCAGAUAACAUCGUCGUUCUUGAUCAAGGCCGCGUCAUUGACGAGGGACCGUACGAUAGACUAGCAGCACGGCCAGGAGGACAUCUAAAGGCACUGAUAAAGGCUCAAGACAGAGUGAUAUGA